AUUUUACUUCCGCUCUCUUUACCUUUACCACGAUUUUUUGGUGUUGUAAAAUAUUUUCAAGAAAAAAUGGCUCAAUCAGCUCAAGAAUUUAGUAUUGUUAAUAAUGAAACCCUUAUCACUUGCCCUUAUGAUCCUGUUCACAAAAUUCGAGCUAAGAAAAUUAUGUACCAUUUAAGCAAGUGUUCAAAAAGCCAUAGGUACUACUCUGGGAAAGUUCUUACUUGCUUAUAUGACAGUACCCAUGUCAUAAGAGAGGACGAAUAUUAUGACCACAUGAAAGUUUGUAGUCAAAGGCAUACUAUCUGCCAAGAAAUGACUCCUCAAUAUGAGGAAAAGUUGGGUAAUAACCCGUUUACAAGGGAGACUUUUUCGGAUGACCGCUAUCAAGCGGAAGAAGACUGGGGAGCUGAAAUAGGUGAUUAUGAUGGCUCGAACAAUCAAUCAAUGAAUGCAAAGCUACUGAAUCAAAAAGCAAGCGUGAUUCCUGUAGAAAAGAUACAAGGUUUAUCAAGAUAUCAUAAGAGAUUGUAUCUACAUUACUUUGGAGCUAAACUCAAGGCUGAAGACGAUAAUUCCAGUCUGCCGGAACUACCGUUUGAAUGUAAACUUAAAGCCUACUAAUUCAAUUUUUUUAAAACUUUUUUUAUUCUCCCAGUAAAGCAUUUGCCGAAUUUUCAAGAAGAUCUAGGUUUAGGCUCUACUAGACCAAUAGUUGCCGGCAGAGGUAGAGGACAUUCUAGCAUUACUUACAACAAUUGUUUUUGAUUUUUAACGAAUAAUAAUUCUGUAGACAAGUUGAAAAUUGAUGAAAUAUAUUAAAAUGCUUUACGUUAUAUUAUGACUUAAUGGUUAUAUAAAAUAUAAUUUGUUUGUUCAAACUUUCGUAAUGAGAUUGAACAGCUAUAAACAAUACUUAAGUGUUUUUUCUAUACUCAUUUGGUCUGAAUAAUAAACAGUUGAACUAAUAA